AGGCUCAGAGUCUUCAGCUGAGUAAAGAAAUGACACUUGCUGGCAACCGGAGCUUGGCAGAAGCAAACCUGCUUUACCAGCCUAGGCUGGACAACCUAAAAGCCACUCUGACCCAGAAAUACCAGGAGCUGCAGACUGUCAUGGAAUCCCAUCAGCUAAAGAAGACAAAGCUGGAUCAGCAAUCUGUGAAUGCUUCGUUGGAAACUUUACUGGCACUUCUGCAGACUGAAGGAGCCAAGAUAGAGGAGGAGACCGAGAACAUGGCGGAAAGUUUUCUUGAUGGUGGCGUACAGCUGGAUUCUUUCAUUGAUGAAUAUUUAUCAAAACGCAGAUUAGCACAUUUAAGACGUGUAAAAAUUGAGAAACUGCAAGAAAUGGUGCUAAAAGGACAGAGACUCCCCCAGGUUUCUGUACUUCCACAGGCGAAGCCAUCUGAGAGUAUCCAGGCACCUCCUCCAGUGUCCUACCCAUCAGGUUUCAGUACCCCGCCAGCCGUCGUUCCAAGAAGAGCUGUCCCACCUCCCCCACCUGCUCAAGCUGUAAUGUACCCAACUCCUUUUGCAGUGGCUGCACAUCAGCCUGCCCUGGGCUCCCGUAUGCAGUGUCUCCAACUCCCCCAAUCCCUCCAAGAGUUGGAUAUCCACCUAUAGCCCAGAUGCCACAGCCUGGUUACCCCAACCAAUUCGCACCUCAGUAUCCUCCGGCUCUCCCUCAAAGACCACCUCAGCGUCUCCCUCCUAACCCUGGUUUCAUUUUAUAG